UAGGACUGUAGUUAUCCAGAUACUGGGGAUUGUAAAAGCUCAUUUUUCUGUCUACAUUUUUUUUGCGGUCCAACCAGGUGUUGGUGCUGCUGAUGACGAUGGUGAUGAUGUGGGGUGCCACACUGAUUCUCAUGUCCUUUGUCGCAGCCCAGGUGACAUCACAAGAAAUUAAAGUGCAGUGUCAUGAAUUUAAUGAUUUGCCUCCUAGCAGUGGACCCUCUCCUUCUGAGCUGGCAAACCUGACCGUGAUGCUGGUGAAAGUAAGAGGAGAAGAUAUGUUGAACAUAAGCUGGGCAGUCAACAUUGAUGGUAGUCAUGAAUACCUGACUGGCAUUCGGAUCGUGAUUUCGGGGCAAACACCGUACCAUUGUGAAUAUCACCCGGCUUUUGCCAAGCCAUACCUCCGAGGAUCCGAGCAGAAAUGGUUUUAUUAUUUGGUAAAAGCAAGCUACGGCUUCUAUGUCAUCCAAGCUGCCAGUCUCCCUCUGGGUCCGCCAGAGAGAUUCUCUUACAAGUUUACCAUGAUCAGUGUACCUCGUCCAGCAACUGUCAAAUCAAAGCAUGUUACAGUUCCUACAGCUGAGAUCACCUCAGAAUCAAGUAAAGUAGCUGUCCACGGUGACGUCAACUUCACCGGCACAUUGGUGGCCAUUUUCGGAGGACUGGUUGGCUUGAUUAUCCUGAGUUCCUGCUACAUAGUGUAUAAAAGGUAUGGAGCCAGCUUUGCCACCUUAUUGGGUUUCAAAAAGUUGCCUACAUCUCUUGUGAUCCCCAUCCCUGUCCUUGUGGUGUACCCUGCUGAAAAUUCAGCCUUCCAGCGGGCCAUAAUAGAGCUGGCUGAGUUCCUGCAGUGGCACGGUGGCUGCAGUGUGGCUGUUGACAUGUGGCAGCAGGGGAAGAUCGCAGAGCUGGGGCCAAUGCGCUGGCUGGCAGAACAAGCUAAAGCUGCGCACAGAGUGCUCAUCGUUUGCCCACAGGUAGAAAUUCCUUCAUCACAGCCCAGCCACUCUCCUCUUAACCACUCCUUCCCAGAACCCUCCAUCCCAGCUGCAGCUCAUGACCUUUACCCCCUAAUUCUUAAUAUGGUGGCGAGCCAUGCAAAGAGCGCCAGCGACUUGGCUAGGUUCUGGGUGGUGCAGCUGGGUGAGCAGCAGGACAAGAAGCCUUGUAACCUGGCGCCGCAGCUGAGGGCCUGCAAGACUUUUUGGUUGAUGAAGGAUUUGAAUAAGCUGUGCAGGAGUCUUCAUACCCAGAGUCAGGAUGGCAAGAAGAUGUCCAAUCUGAUCUUCAGACCAACAAUUGACUACAGUGAAAAGUGUACAGUGAACAUAAGAGAAGCUGUAGAAAAGCUGGGUGGACGUCAGUCAAGCAUUUUCAGAGAGGGGGAACCAUUGAGAUCUGUGGUUGCUGUUGUUUAAACAUCUGUAAUGAAAAUAUUUAGAUUGAUGGAUAAAGAGGAUGCAUCAAAAUAGUUGAUUGGUGAAUAGCUGAGUCUUUAAUUGUGCUUUGUAAAUUGCAUUUUUUAUUUAUUUUUUUAGAGAUGGCAUAGACCUAUACUCACUUCUUUUUUGUGGAAUCGAUUUAAGAAAUGAGAUACUUGUUUGUUAUGUGCAUCAGGUUUUGUUUCAACAUUCGGUGGGACGUAUAAGAAGUUAAAGGUCUGUUUUCCUCCAGGAAAUUUUGAGAGUCAAACACUUCAUUUCCUGCAUUCUGGUGAAUUUUUUCUCACCAGUUUGUGGUGGAAAUGUCUAUUUUAUGUAAAGAAAAAAAAAUCAGCUGACAAUUUGAAAUAAAAA